UAUUCACUCUUGAAUCUAUUAAAAUUAUUAUUUCUUCAAUGUUGAAGCAGACUCUUUUCUUAUUAGUUUAUGCACAAUUGGUGUUAGGUGCAAACACUAUUAUUGAUAUUCUGAAAGAAGACAACCGUUUUGAAACACUCUUAGCCCAUAUCCAACAUUUUCAACUUGUCAGCUUCAUAAACGAUCUCGAUUCGGGCACUUUAUUUGCACCUGUUAAUGACGCAUUCGCUAAAUGCGAAUUUGAGCUGGAUCGAUCAACUCUUCUAUACCAUAUCAUAAAGAAAAAGAGGGAAUACAAUGAAUUUUAUGACGGACAGCUUGAAGAAUCACAAUAUGUAAGACCUGGAUAUUUGGGUCCCGACACAACAAAAGCAGCCGGUCAACGUAUCAAAGUGACGACGAAAGCUAAUAAUAAGAAAGUGUUUAUAAAUCAAGCAAAAAUCAUCGAUAAGGAUUUACAAGUGAACAAUCAAACUUACAUCCAAGUCAUUGACCAAGUAUUGAGUCCUCCUGCUUUAUUAGGAGAUACAUUGUUCAAUAACAACAGAGCAAUUUUUGACCUACUGAAUUCUACAGGCAAAUAUUCUUUCUUGCAACAGAAUAAGCCAUUCACAUUAUUCCUAUCUGCGAAGGAAAACCCUUUCGAACAGUUCAAUGCUAUUGAAUCGACAUAUCUAACUUCCAGUAACGGCAAAAACGAUUUAUCACUUUUCUUCAAUUACAGUAUUGUUGAUAAGGCCAUUUUUUUGGACGAAUUUACUUCAGGAAAAACCACCUAUAAAUCUCUUUCGGACAGUCCACUGGUAUUAGCAGCUACAGAAAAAGACCAAUCUGCUACUGUCAAUGGCUUACCUGUCAAAAAAUCUGAUAUUGUUGCCGCCAAUGGAGUCAUUCACAUGAUUGACGGCACAUUCAGACCUGAUAUAAUUCAGUUCAACACUCGAAAAUACUUGUAUGGCAUGAAUGCCAUGCACAUAGUAGAGUUAUUAGACGAAUUCAAUUUAAGUGACCCAUAUUUAACAUCAGACACUAAUACUACUGAUUCAGGGAGCGACAAAGCAUCCGCUUCGGUGUCAACAAAUAAUGUCUACACUUUUCUCAUACCGCCUCAAGAAACCUUGAAUAAAUCCUUGAUUACAGAAUCAUGGCUGAAAUACCAUAUCUUUCAACAGCCUUGGCCAAAAGAUGCUCUUGCGAAUGAUAUGCUAAUUGAAACCGAGUUCAGGUCAAAUCAACUUUCUGGUCAAGGACAACGUGUUCCUGUGUAUACACCUGGUACGUCUUCUAGAAAGACAAUUCAGUUUGACAAAGCUCGAGUGAUUGGUGAUUAUGUAAAUAUCAAUGACAAUAUCAUAUAUCAAGUAUCAGAAUCUCUCACCAUUCCAGGCGAUAUCAUUGAAAAAGUACUCUUAGAACUUGACUUAUCCACUUUCAUUGCCACUCUUUACGUAUCAGAAUUAGUUGAAGAGAUAAGGAAGACACCUGGUCUUACCUUGUUUGUACCUACCAAUGAAGCCUUCCACAGCCUCGAUCUUGUUGCAAAAUAUCUUGUUCAUCCAAGCGCCAAAUCUCAUCUGCAAACUGUUUUACGACACCAUGCCGUACCUUCUUCUCUCCUCUAUGCUGACGUUAUGAGAUCGAAAGUACAUGAGGUACUAACCUUGGCUAACUCUACACUGCGUAUCACACCUCCUUCUGCAGACGCAACUUCACCCAUCCAUGUCGGUGCACCUGAAAAACAGCAACUACAACGAUCUGAAGGAACAACCGGUUCAGUCAUACGCUCCGAUAUGCUCGUUUCUAACGGUGUUGUUCAUAAAGUGUCAGAAGUUCUCAUUCCACAAUCUGUCCAAAUCACCAACCAAAACCUUUUGGUCGGCAUUGAAGCAGAGACGAUGUUAAAGAUUCUGUCACAAACGAAAUUAUGGGACACCAUCAAUCAAGAGAAUUUGGUCGUGUUAGCACCCACUGAGAAGGCAUUCGCAAAGUUGAACGACAUUGAUGCAUUGUUGGCUAAUCCUUAUGAAUUGGAACGGAUUGCUAGAUUACAUCUUAUACCUAGUGUAUGGCAAGAACGCUGGGUAUUAUUGAAUGACAUUGGCAGUAAAGGGGGAAGAAGACGCGAAAAAAUUGAAUUUCCUACGUUGCUUUCCGAAGACGAUAAAGUAGCCAUUCGCGAGAAUGAAAAAGGUGAAUUGUUUGUUGAAGUCAAAAACGGUGGAGGUAACAACCGUGGGCACGUACUUGGUUUAGGUCGGGUUACUGCAGGUGGUGGUGUGCUUUUAAUCGAUACCGUAUUGAUGCCUAUACGAAGAGGUUUAUUUGGUCUUCCGUUUGUUUGGUCCGUGAUUGUUACCCUUGUCAUCAUUAUUCUUGUAGGAGGCCUUUCGUCUAUGAUUGCAUUCUUUGGAUAUAAAGUUUAUAGUCGUAGGCGUCUUGGUUACAGGCCAAUUUACUAAUAUUUCUUACCUUUGUAAAAUAUAUACCUCUAGCAUUGAUUCAUUGUUCUUUUAUUUGCACCUUUUGCAUAAAAACUGAGUUAAAAAACUUUGCUUACUUUUUAUUACCUUCUUCUUUCCGCUC